CACGUCCCUGCCCCGCCAGUCCUUCCCUCCCCUCCUCUCUGGUCACCACGGCGACCCUGUCCACAUCCUACCCCUCGCCUGUCAUCUCCUACCCGGGACGUCCUCAGGUUCAAAAGUCCUCGAUCCUCCCUAGUACCCCAGUAGGAUCCAAGCGCUGCUGCCUCAACUCCUGCCAGAGACCUCCUCAGUUCCUACGGCUGACGCUCCUAUCCCAUAUGUUAGUAGGGGUGCAAGUGUGCGUGUACCUCACACUCUACUAAGUGUAUCCUGGGUGUUGUUGAGGUGCGAGUGUGUCCUGAAGUGUGAGUUCAUCCUGAUGGACUAUAAAUAGAGACUCACCCUGGCCAAGAGGAUGACAUAAAGCAACCAAAAAAAAAAGGAAAAAAGCCAGUUUUAAGAUGACUUCACACAAACUCUUGGAAUUGGGCGGGUGGUGUAAGGCGGCGCUGGGUUCAGAGCGGGAUGUGGGACCUGAUUGCUGGCCCCACACUACCCUCCUACAGCCGCAGGAGCCCUGGGCGCUGGACAGUGUGACUGAGAACUUGCCUGGACCUCCUUCAACGCCUCAGGGAGGAGGAGUUGCUCCACGAGCGAGCACGACGGCGGGGCUGACGGUCGGCGCCAUAGCCGUGGUGGAGGGGGGGCGCGUUUGUCGACGGUCGAGGCGUGAGGGCGGGAGGUCGUACGUGUGUCGUGUGUGUGAGAGGCGCUUCCCCCGCGCCUACCUCCUGCUGGUGCACGAGAGGACCCACACACCCCUCACCUGUCCUGUCUGUGGCCGCACCUUCCGUCGCUCAGAGCACCUCAGAAUGCACAGGGAGACUCACGGAGGAGGUAACAAGAGACCCGCUUAACUCCACCCAUCGAUCUGUCCACGACCUGUCACCAUGUCCACGAUCUUUCUCCAUCAUGUCCACGACCUGUCACCAUGUCCACGAUCUUUCUCCAUCAUGUCCACGACCUGUCUACAUGUCUAUGACCUGUCCAUGACCUGUCCAUGACCUGUCUACGACUUGUCCACUGCCUGCUUGAGACUUAUUCAUGACCGUUCCAAGACGUGUUCAAAAGCAGUUCAUGACUUAUUCAGGUUACCUUCACAAUGUGUUUAAAAUCUGUUCACCAUCUAUCCACGAUCUGUCCAGAACUUAUGCAGGACACAUUUAUAACUGUCCAUCACCUGUCCACUACACGUUUAAGACAUGUCCACACCAUGACCAUGUCCAGAAAUAGUUGAGGGUCGUGAUGUCGUGUCAGGAUGUAGUGUGGACGACUCAUCUGUCACACAAGAGAGAUCCUCAUGCGUUCUGUCUCAAUCACCGAUGACACGACUACUUUGCCUACAGCCUCGCCCACGCACGCCACCCCGCCCAUGCCACCCAUUCCACCCGGUCAAACCUUUUAUCUGCUGCACCUCACCCACGCCACGCCGUCCAGUCCCUCCACCCGUUGGCCACCCCGUCUACAUACCACCCAUUCUGUCUACAUCCCACCCAUUCUGUCUACGCCCUACCCAUACCAACCCGCCCAAUAUUAGGACCGCGGAGACUGGAGGAACUACAGUGAGGGUGGGGUGGUUGCGG